CAAAGGACGAGAAUAGAAACGUGGCCAAGCCUCCCACGUCACAAGAAAAAAUUAUCACCUACGGCUGCCACCCACUUUUUACUCCCUCCCGCCUGAAACAAACAAUGGAAAAAAUUGGAGAGGCGCCCCCCACAGCUGCUGCAGGCAAUGCUCCUGUACGUGACGGCGAUUAUGCCGCACGUGGCACACGUGGCAGCCCUCACCCAUUGUCAUCACACGUCAUCAUCUCCAUCUCCAUCACCAGCCUAUAAAUACGGAGGAGGAUCUGCGCAACAGCUCGUUGCCUCCGGAAACCAAAUUAUGGAAGAGACCAAUGCCUCGAAGCUUCGUUCCCAAUUCCUUCAUCUUCUCCGUACCCGACGAUCCCCUCAAGUUCCGCUGUCUGUGGAACUUGGACAUCCUGUGUUGGAUCCUAUGUACCAGGAAACUCCCCAUCCGAAGUUUAGUGAGGCAAUGGAAUCUUGUCCAAAGUUAGACAUUCCCAAUCUUAAGGAUCUGAAAGAGGAAAACUUGUACUUGAGGACCGAGUCAGGAGAGCAAGGGCGCUUGCCUGUGCUGAUUUUGAGCAUGAAAGAAAAUAGUCAUCAUAGAAGGCCAGCUGUUGUCUUUCUGCAUAGCACCAAGAAGUGCAAAGAGUGGUUACGGCCAUUGCUCGAGGCAUAUGCUUCACGGGGAUAUGUUGCUGUUGCCAUUGAUUCUCGUUACCAUGGGGAACGUGCAAGCAGUGUGACCACUUACCAAGAUGCUCUUGUAUCAUCAUGGAGAAAAGGGGAUACAAUGCCAUUCAUAUUUGAUACGGUCUGGGACUUAAUAAAGCUGGCAGAUUAUCUUACACAAAGGGCCGAUAUAGACCCAUCUAAAAUUGGCAUCACCGGGGAAUCGCUUGGAGGAAUGCAUGCAUGGUUUGCUGCCGCUGCUGACACGCGCUAUGCGGUGGCUGUCCCUAUAAUUGGGGUUCAGGGAUUUCGAUGGGCUAUUGACCACAAUAAGUGGCAGAGUCGGGUUGACAGUAUUAAGGAUGUAUUUGAAGAAGCACAGGUUGAUUUAGGCAAGAGUGUCAUUGACAAGGAAGUGGUGGAGAAGGUGUGGGACAGAAUUGCUCCUGGUUUAGCCUCCGAGUUUGAUUCACCUUAUACAAUACCAAUAAUUGCACCACGCCCUCUGCUGAUCUUAAAUGGUGAAAAGGAUCCUCGAUGCCCACUCGAAGGACUGGAAAUUCCCAAAUCAAGAGCACACAAGGCUUAUGAGGAAGCCCAUUGUCCUGAUAAGUUCAAGCUGAUAGCACAGCCUGGAAUCGGACACGAACUGACCACAUUUAUGGUAAAAGAAGCCAGUGAUUGGUUUGAUAGGUUCCUCAAGUAAGAAAUGUCUCAUCAUGUGUAGAUCGAAUCUAGGUAUGUUGUAGGUUGUGUGUUGUAUGUCGAUUUGCCAGGUCAUAUAUUAUUCUGGUCUUAUAUCUCUGUGCAAGGAUAUCUAAAGGCUUUGCAUAAAUAAAUAAAUGUGAAAUCCGUUCAUAAAAUUGUGCACUCAUUGUUCCUUUGUAAUGUUUGAUGUAACAAGUGCAGGACUUUUGUUGUGUGACUCUCCCUAAAAGCAGUAAUUAUUCUUUGUUCUUAA